GUAGUGACACGCGACCAGCAGAUUCGAUGGGCGCGGUGGCGCGCCGCUCGCUCGAGAGAAGAGCGACUGCUGCAGGCCACGCUCUCCGCCGUCGAGAAGGAGCUGCUCCUGCGCCAGCAGGCCAUGGAGAUGCACAAGCGCAAGGCCAUCGAGUCCGCACAGUCCGCCGCUGAUCUCAAGCUGCAUCUCGAAAAAUACCACGCGCAAAUGAAGGAAGCACAACAAGUGGUCGCGGAGAAGACCAGCGCGCUCGAGGCAGAGGCGUACAAAACUAAACGGCUUCACGAGGAAUUGGCUAUAUUGCGGCGUAAGGCAGAGAGGAUGAAGAAAAUGGAGCAAGCCGGCAGCAGUAUGGACGAAGUGUUGCUCGAGGAGAUCAGGGAAUACAAGGAGACGCUCACAUGCCCGUCUUGCAAGGUAAAACGCAAGGAUGCGGUGCUGACGAAGUGUUUCCACGUGUUCUGCUGGGACUGCCUGCGCACGCUACGAGACGCGCCAGCGCAAGUGUCCCAAGUGUAA